CAGCUCCCGACCCUUCGACAGUGCCAACAUGGAGUGCUAGCGGCUGAAAGGAGGGCUCUGCGUUCCACAAUGCCCGUGCAGGCCGCCCAGUGGACGGAGUUCCUGUCCUGUCCCAUCUGCUACAAUGAGUUCGACGAGAACGUGCACAAGCCCAUCAGCCUCGGCUGCUCCCACACCGUCUGCCAGAGCUGCCUGAGUAAGCUGCACCGCAAGGCCUGCCCUUUCGACCAGACCGCCAUCCACACUGACAUCGACGUGCUGCCUGUCAACUUUGCGCUGCUCCAGUUAGUGGGAGCCCAGGUGCCCGAUCGCCAGGCUCUCCAGCUGAGCAACCUUGGAGAAGACAAGCACUACGAGGUGGCGAAGAAAUGCGUGGAGGAUCUGGCCCUGUAUCUAAAGCCACUGAGUGGAAGUAAGGGUGUGGCUAGCUUAAAUCAGAGCACGCUCAGCCGGCCGAUGCAACGGAAGCUGGUGACCCUGGUGAACUGCCAGCUGGUGGAAGAAGAAGGCCGCAUCAGGGCCAUGCGGGCAGCUCGCUCCCUCGGGGAAAGGACCGUCACCGAGCUGAUCUUGCAGCACCAGAACCCGCAGCAACUCUCGGCCAAUCUCUGGGCCGCUGUCCGGGCCAGGGGGUGCCAGUUCCUCGGGCCGGCUAUGCAGGAGGAAGCCUUGAAACUGGUCCUGCUGGCCUUGGAGGAUGGCUCGGCCCUCUCCCGCAAAGUCCUGGUGCUGUUUGUGGUCCAGCGCCUGGAGCCCAGGUUCCCCCAGGCGUCCAAAACCAGCAUCGGCCACGUGGUGCAGCUGCUCUAUCGGGCGUCCUGCUUCAAGGUCACCAAGAGGGACGAGGACUCUUCCCUGAUGCAGCUGAAGGAGGAAUUCCGCAGCUACGAGGCCUUGAGGAGGGAGCACGAUGCUCAGAUUGUCCACAUCGCCCUGGAAGCCGGUCUCCGGAUCUCUCCCGAGCAGUGGUCCUCCCUCCUCUACGGCGACCUGGCUCACAAAUCCCACAUGCAGUCCAUCAUCGAUAAGCUCCAGUCUCCGGAGUCCUUUGCAAAAAGCGUGCAGGAACUAACCAUUGUUCUGCAGCGAACGGGGGACCCCGCCAACCUCAAUCGGCUCCGUCCCCAUUUGGAAUUCUUGGCUAACAUAGAUCCUAAUCCAGAUGCAGCGUCUCCGACAUGGGAGCAGCUGGAAAACGCCACGGUGGCCGUUAAGACUGUGGUGCGUGGCCUUGUGGAUUUCAUCCAGAACCACAGCAGAAAAGGCCCCGAAAUUCCACAGCCACAGCCGAACAGCAAGUAUAAAACCAGCCUGUGCCGUGACCUCAGACAGCAGGGCGGGUGUCCACGCGGGACCAACUGCACCUUCGCUCACUCGCAGGAGGAGCUGGAGAAGUAAGUUCUUUGGGGUGGGGGAAACA